AUGGUGUAUAUCCCACUUCCAGAUGGAGCAGGACGUGCACUCCUGUCUCUCCAGAAUGUAACCAUAUUUGUCAUCUGUUGCGUGCCUCAGAAACAGGAAAAACGCCUACGGAUGCCUUGCCAGAGCAAAAUAAGGUCUAGCAUUGAGGGAAAGUGGAAGUACAUCCCGACCGGUGUGGAACCAGGAAGCAGUAGUACUUAUCUUGGAAAAGACAUCUUUGCACCAUUGACUCUCCUGAUAACGAAAUAUCAAUUUGCCCCUGCCCUCAGGCUUCCUACUGCACCCGAGGGCAUGAAAGUCCGCAGACAAGACCUGAACCCAGACACUCCAGCCCGACCUAGUCAAACUCGGGAGACACAUGAAUUCCGGACAAUGACGCGUGGUAAGCUAGCCUGUCUUGGCACAUUAUACCCGGAAGUCUUGAUAAUGUGCCACCCCAACUCCAUAGAGUCUGUCACAGAAGACCAAGUAAGGUUUUCCGCUGUUAUAGCUGUUGAGAUGGUCGGUAAAAUAGGGAAAAUGUCUGAGCUUGGACUAGGUAUUGCAUGGUGUGGUAAUAUACCAGCAUGGAUGCCGCCAGUCUUGGGUAAGGAGCAAUCCGGCUAUGUUAUAUAUACCCGUAGAAGGAUAGAUUCGAAGGAGAUGAAUUAUGUUCCGUUUACUGUACUAAGAAUCUAA